AUGGUGAACUGGACAACAGAAGAGAAACACGCCAUUUCAACCAUCUGGGCCAAAGUUGAUGUAGACAAAUUGGGGGCCCACACCCUUAGCAGGCUGUUGGUUGUCUACCCCUGGACCCAGAGGUACUUCAGCAACUUUGGGAACCUGUCCAGCCCCAUUGCCAUUGACGGGAACCCCCGGGUCAGGGCACAUGGCAAAAAGGUGCUGACUUCUUUUGGAGAGGCCGUGAAGAACCUGGACAAUGUGAAGGCCAUUUUUGAUAAGUUGAGUCACCUACACUCAGAGAAGCUGCACGUUGACCCCCAGAAUUUCAGGCUCCUCGGAGACAACCUGAUCAUCGAAUUGGCAGCUUCCUUGGGCAAGGACUUUACUCCUGAGGCCCAGGCUGCCUGGCAGAAGCUGGUGGGGGUGGUAGCCUCUGCCCUGAGCAAACAGUACCAUUGA